CCACCUUUCGUAUAAUAGAAGAAUUAGUAUCCCUUUUUAAGGAUCACGGAAUGAUUCAAUACAGAUUUGGAAAAUUGGCCAGUUACGUUAUGCUCUUUCAUCACAAAACCGUACAACCAAUUCUAGAAAAUGGCAACAACAUCAAUAAAGCCGGUUUCUACAAUUUCUUCAAGCCGUGGUUAGGAAGUGGACUUUUACUCAAUUCGGGAGAAAAAUGGAGAAAGAGAAGAAAACUAUUGACACCAGCUUUUCAUUUUUGCAUCUUGGAGAACUUUCUACCCAUUAUGGACGAGCAAUCACGUCUUCUAGUCGAACGCCUCGAGCAAUGUCGAGAAGAAGAAUGGAUCGAUAUCGUUCCAUACAUUGCUCAAUGUGCCCUGAAUACCAUUUGCGAAACCGCAAUGGGAAUUCCAGCCAAAACUCAUAUUUCAAGAGGUUCCCAUUAUUUCGAAUCGAUGAAGAUGUGUUACAAACGUGAAGAUGGUGGUGAGGUUGGAAUCCACGAUCUCCCCUACGCUGGUGUUAUACUGGUGGGCAUGGAAUAUCUUGAA